AUAGCUGAGUGGUGGCCUGGGGAAAGUGUUCCGGAGAAGUGCAGGCUCCAGGCUCCAGAGGUCACAGUAGCAGAGAACCGAGAUUCUCACGCCAUGAAGAACCGUCUGGGCACAUGGCGACUGGCCAUCCUCUGUAUGCUGCUUGCCAGCCACCUUUCCACAAUCAAGGCGAGGGGCAUAAAGCACAGGUUCAAGUGGAACCGGAAGGCCCUACCCGGCAGCGGCCAAAUCACCGAAGCCCGUGUGGCUGAGAAUCGCCCAGGAGCUUUCAUCAAACAAGGCCGAAAGCUGAACAUCGACUUCGGAGCAGAGGGCAACAAGUACUACGCCGCCAACUACUGGCAGUUCCCGGAUGGGAUCUACUACGAAGGCUGCUCAGAGGCCAAUGUGACCAAGGAGAUGCUGGUGGCCAGCUGCAUCAACGCCACCCAGGCGGCCAACCAGGCUGAGUUCUCCCGGGAGAAGCAGGAUAGCAAGCUCCACCAGCGAGUCCUCUGGCGGCUGAUCAAAGAGAUCUGCUCCACCAAGUACUGCGAAUUCUGGCUGGACGGGGGAGCUGCACAGCAGGUCACUGUGGACCAGCCAGCAAUGGUCUGCCUGCUGGGUUUCAUUUGGUUCAUUGUAAAAUAAGCAACAACAAGGCAACAACAAGCAACAGAAGUGAGCCGGCGGGCAAAGGUGGACAAAGGUACCCCUGUUCUUCCUCUCUAGCCCCCAGUGUCCUGAAGGUACCAAGGUGUGGCAAUUCAUGGCACUUCAAAAGUCCCUCCCAAGUACUCCCCUCCCCAGCAUGUGUUUAAUAAGGUUUUUCAGUGCCCCUAUGCCCCACCCCGGUGGGACCCGUCUUGUUCCCACUUUUGCAGCUACACUAGGUGAUAGACCGGCCAAAGAACACGGAAACUGCUGUGCACUGCACCUGAUUCCCCAGCUAGUAGAGGUAGCCAGGAAACUGAGGUUUACAUCAUUGAAGUCACCCUCCAGUACAGACAGGAAGCAGCAGAGCUGGGAUUCCCCUGGUCUGUCUCCCCUUAAGCUUCCUUCUCCGUGUAGCUCAGAGCUGCUCAGGAUCACUUCAGGACUCACAGGUGCAAGCCCAGGCCUGUGUAUGGAGCAGAAGUCAAACCCUGAAAAAAGUGGGUAUCCCUGAGCAGUGGCUAUGCAUCUUGACACCUUUCAGUGAGACUAAAAUAUUACAAAAAUGUUAAACUAAAACAGACACUCCACUAGACAGAGGUUCAGAAAUCACGUUGUAGGGAAGUUUGCAACUCACUUCCCAGAGAGCAACUUGAGGGCAGGAUGUCUUUGUGGUGUCUAGAUACUCUUCCACAAGGACUGGUGUUUGCUACACUGGUCCCUGCAAUGAUCUGCAAAGUUAAGAAACCCCUUGUAAAUGAGACGUUCGCAUCUUUGUUUUUAUCCUUUGUUCUGUUUUUCUAGAAUGGAAUCUCUAUAUAUAGUCCUGGUUGGCCUCAGACUCACAUUCUUCUAGCCUCUGCCUCCUGAAUGCUGGGAUUAUAGGCAUGCUACAAAGCCCAGAUGUUCCCUGGUCCUGUACAUGUGUUAUUAGGUAUCCUGUGAGCAUCUUUAAAUAUGUUCCCUUUGUACCAAGCUCUCUGCAAUCACUACUGCUGUUUGUACCCACUUUGGUAAGGGUUAAUCUCGGUGAAUCAACUAAUACUCCAAAAAUAUAAUUACUGGCCAAAAAGCCAAAUUACUGGCUUUUUCUGAGAAACCAAUAAAGAAUCUGUCAUCACCAGAACUGA